UCUGCCGAGACAACACCAUGCUCGUGGAAUUCCUUGCAAUGGUCCAGCAAAGACCACGGGUUCCGUCUUCAACCCGUCCCAUCUCUUCUCGCGGAGUUUGAUACCCCCAUACUGACCUGUCGGAUCUACACAAGCUCUUACCCAGCAUGCCCGCCGUAAGCGCCAGGUUUCUCGGCCUCGCCGUCCUCCUUCCGAACAUACCCAAUACUCGAGCCGUGAUCCACAUCCCGCACUACUUUGCCACUUCAUCCCUAACACCAGCCGAUGCUGCGAGUAGAUCCAACACCCCAAGCCGAAGCAAAGACCAGUAUAUCCCCAAGACCAUCCACCAAGUCUACCACAACUAGCGAGACCCCCGCAACGAGACCAUUCCCACCGACUGGGCCCACGUACGCACAAGAACAAAUCCCGACUUCGAGUACAGGCUAUGGACCAGCAACGCCUCCCGCCGGCUUAGAGACACACUACGAAUGGUUCCUUGAUACCUACGACAGCUACACAUGUCCUGUCCAACGAGCCAAUACUCUCCGCUGCUUUCUCCUGCGCCACUAUGGUGGCAUCUACAUUGAUCCCAACUACGGCUGCGCCCGUGAUCUUGCGCUCCUGCUCUACUACCCCGCGUGGGUAAUCGACCGCGGCCACGGCAUCACUGGGGCGAGGCCCAACCAUCCUGACUGGGUCAUGUUGACUGAGUCUAUGGUUACCUACGCGUGGAUUGCGGUUUCUGUUCCCACAUGCUACCCAUGGCAGCAGUCCAGAGUUCGGGAGGGUUAGCUGGGAAAAGUAUCAUGCACGGCUGCCCGACAAAGGCCAUUCUCGGGAGUUUGCUACUCUUCGCUAUGCUCACCAGACGGGUGUCACGCUCGUGGCAAGCAGGCAAGACCCAUCAAUGCGAAUAACAGAAACUGCUGCCGGCGGAGGACGAAGUGGAAUGGUACGGGGCGGUUUGACUUUUGUGACUCUCUCUCUCUCUC